GGAGCGCCAGCCCAGCGCCUCCCAGCAUCGCCCAGCGCCUCCCAGCAUCGCCCGGCGCCUCCCGGCACACUCUGCCGGGGCUGCCGGAGGAGCCGGGCGGGGAGCGGAGCCCCGCGCUCGCCGCUGCGGUGGGCGCCGUCCCGCAGCAUCGCUGGAGCCGCCGCCGGCACGAAGAUGAAAUCCUCCGACGUCGACCAGGAGCUGUUCACCGAGAGCUACUGCAGGGUGUGCAGCGCUCAGCUCAUCUCCGAGUCCCAGCGCGUGGCCCAUUACGAGAGUCGGAAGCACGCCAGCAAGGUCCGCCUCUAUUACAUGCUGCACCCCGUGGACGGAGGCUGCCCGGCCAAAAAGCUCCGCUCAGAAAACGGCAGUGACGGUGACUCGGUGGACAAGAACAAAUGCUGCACGCUUUGUAACAUGUCCUUUACCUCAGCAGUGGUGGCUGAAUCGCAUUACCAAGGGAAAAUCCACGCCAAAAGGUUGAAACUGUUGCUAGGUGAACAGCCAGCGCUAAAGGCCACAGAACCCAGCCUGGGCUCCCUGAAGCCGCACGCGGACGGUCCCGCGGCGGUGCCGGCGCCGCACCCGCGGCGAGACUCGGACCGGUACUGCCAGCUCUGCGCCGCCUGGUUCAACAACCCGCUCAUGGCGCAGCAGCACUACGACGGCAAGAAGCACAAGAAGAACGCGGCCAGGGCCGACCUGCUGGAGCAGCUGGGGAAGACGCUGGACCUGGGCGAGCUGCGAGGGCUGAAGCGCAGCUACACGUGCAGCGUCUGCAGCGUCACCCUCAACUCCAUAGAGCAGUACCACGCGCACCUGAAGGGCUCCAAGCAUCAGACCAACCUGAAGAACCAGUAGAGGCUGGGCAGCCGAGGCGAGGAGCCCCCGCGGACGCUGCUGGGCUGCGGGAGGGACUGGUGCUGUCUCGGGCAGCGAUCCUGCGUGGAUUCGAUAACUAACGUGUAAUUAACCUCCGCUUGGACAAAUACAUGGAUUUUUUUUUUUUUAAUUUUGUGGUGAGUUAAACUAUUUCAAUGGAUUUUUUUACCCUUUCAAGAUAAUAUUUAUUCAGCACAGAGUCUAGAGUACGAUAACUAUCCUGUAAAUACAGCACCUAAUCGUCACUCAUCUUCAGAGACGGUGGAAACAGAAUAUUUUACUUUUUCAUAUUUAUUCUUAGAUCUCUCCCAAGAGUAUAAAAUUAUUCUAUCACGUUUUCCAUGGUAGUGAUGUAAUCACUCUUCAACCAGAAAUAAACACACUUCUUCACCUUCUCCAGCAUGGGUUCUGUCAACACAGCGAGAGCAGCAAAAAAUGAAUCACAGGGAUUGCAUAACGGAUGAAUUCUUUUCCUUUCCUCUUUGUCUUCAGAGAAACAAACGGUUCGGUGGGCAAAGAGAACUCAAUGCGAGUGUAAACCCCUUUUCCUACCAGUAGGAUUCCUACAGGCUGGAUGGAAGCUCUUGGCUUUAUCAUCUUUGCUGAUGCAAACUCAAUGCCAGAUGUGAGCCUGGAGCAGGCGGCCGUUGUCCAGCGGUGCAGCCGUUGUCUCUGGAGCAGCCAUCGGCCCCAAGCAGCCAUCAUAUCAUCCCGGAGCAGCCAUCGUCCCUGAUCAGCCAUCGUCACCAGAGCAGCCAUUGUCCUGGAGCAGCCAUUGUAUCAUCCACAAUCAGCCAUCGUCCUGGAGCAGCAAUUGUCCCCAGUCAGCCAUUGUCCCAGAGCAGCCAUCGUCCCCAAUCAGCCAUCGUCCUGAUCAGCCAUUGUCCCCCAUCAGCCAUCGUCCUGAUCAGCCAUUGUCCCCAGGCAGCCAUCGUCCCGGAGCAGCCAUCGUCCUGAUCAGCCAUCGUCCCUGAGCAGGCAGCCCCCCGGAGAGCUGUGGGAAGGACGGCGGGACCGAACUGCCGCAGUGGCCGCAGUUGCCGGGUUGGUGACGUUUGCAGCUGCAGGGACUGGCGAUGGGGACAGCGGUGAGGCGGCGUGCAGAGGCUGUUUUGAGGACACCAAGGCUGAAUCACCGCGUGUCCCCAGCGCCGCCCUUGCCGCAGCCCGGGAGUCGUGGCAGCGUGAGCCCUCGCCAGCGUCCGGGCUCCACACCGCGGUACCAGCGCUGCCGCACCGGUGAGUGUCGCAUUGGGGCAGAAUCCCCCGGGGACGGAGAUUCCGGUGCUCUGGGGCGGCAGCCCUGCCGGUGGCACCACCGGCACAGGUCGGGCCCAAAGGCUUUAAAUGCAGCAGGACGCGCAGUGUGCUGCAGCCGUGUCCACGGUGCGGCAGCCGGGGCACUCAGCGGGACAGGGAGCGUUCGGAGAGGGACGUGUUGGGGACCCCCGGUGCCUGGCGUCCCUGGCUGCCCCCCUCGCUGGGGUCCCGCUGAUGGCUCCACAGGGGCCCCAUGGCCGGGACCGUGGCUGGAGGGUCCUUGCUCACGGGGAGAAAAACACUAAGGGAUUUGGAGGGAGAAAAAAAGGCCUGAAAAGCACUUUUCGUGGUCCAGGAGGAACAGUGUUUGUGCAGAGCCCGGCGGGGUCCCGGUGCGCGGGGUGCUCGGCUACAGGGAAGGUGUGUGUUUCUCCCGGGCUUUGGGGAGGCCAGGGACACAAGUAACUCUGCCCACUGCAGAGAGGGAGCUCACGGAGAUUGUAGGUUUUCUACUGCAGUCAGCACAAAGAGACCAGGUUUCUUACCUGACCCACCGCAAUGCAAAUUGCUGCAAUAAACAGGAUCCGGUUUCACGCAGGGACUGUGAGCGAUGCAAACCAAACCUCGCGGUGCCCUGCUACACACACUGGGUGAGGGCACUUUGCAUGCUGAGAACCUGCCUUGUGAAUGCUGCUACAGAUGAAGCACCACUUUUUAAAGAGCAAUCUCGCUGGUUUUGUAUGUGUGGUAGCACAAGUCUUCUGAGACUGUGGCCAUUGCCCUGCUCCUGCAUCUCUGCAAUAACAGGCUUUGACAUCUCCUUCCUGAGCACUGCCCGCAGGCUCUGGUGUCUCUGGAAGGAGCAGCAAUGCGUCCGCAUCCACCAGUUCAUUUCCCGGGAGCCCCAGCAAGGUGCAAAUCCGCUUCUGCAGCAUCUCGCGGGAGAGCAGUGACCUGCUGCUCCUGGCUCUGCAUCGGGAGCUGUUCACUGAACCCCCAGCUCGCCACCAUGGCCUGCAGGUCUGUGCGAUCAAAUCCUACAUAGGUGAUUAAUCUGUGUCCUCCGUCUGCUUCUCUUCACCUUAAUAAACCAAAGUGUAUCGCUCUGCGUUUUGGUGUUGAGUGGUUCAGAUGAGCGUGUCACCUGGAAAACCACAGGUGUGAUGCAAAUGUGAUAUUUCCCUCCACCUUGCUCCGUAAUAUUGCUGGGGAGGAGAGUGGGAACCUACAGAGCUCAUCGCAAACCUCGUCCCUCUCACCUCUUCACUGACUUUUGCUGAUUCCAUGUUAUGCGUUUAGAGAUGUUUUACACACAAGCGGGGUAACUGGUGCCCCUCUUCGCGCGCGCUGCCGUCCGCAGUGCCUGCGCUGUUCGCAUCCCGGCCGCGCUGCGGCAGCGCCCGGCGCUCCUGCACCUCCAGCCUCCCCGUGCGGAAGCUCAGGCGGAGGGAGGUGCCUGCACACGGAGCCGCCGCGCGGGGCUCCGCUCUGACCGCGGCGGCGGCAGCUCGUGUCCUCGCUGAGGGGAUCUGAACCGCGUGGGAACACAGACCCUGCUCACGCGCACCCAGAGGCGGCCGGGGCUCGCAGGAGCUGUGCCCCGGGCUGUGCUUGCGCCUCCGUCUGGUGGAGGGAAGGGUCAGAUGUGCUGCAGAAUCCGAUUGUUUACUCUCUGGGGACAGUAAAAGACACUGAAGACGCUCUGUAUGGUUAAUUUGUGCUCUUGCAUCAAUGCCUUUCAUGUGUGGAGGAGAAUGGGUUGUUCACAGCUGGGUAGGCAUCUCCUUAGUUUCAUAGCUGUGGGGCUGUUUCAUUUAUUGUGUUUUGGGUAAUGACAAGACACCAGUGUUUCUGAAGCUAAACUGGCUCUUUACAGGGAGAAUGAUUUACGGAAAUAGGGCACAUCCCUCGUGCGUGCGCGGCUCUGUUAGAGCCUCCUUCCCCCGGUUCUUCCCACAGCCUGUGCAUCCCCCCCCAGCUGCACCCAGGGUGCAGGAAAAAUACCUGACUUGUGUGCUCAAGUGAUCACUGCGAGCUAAUUGCAGCAAAUUAAUGACAGCACAAACACGAGUGCUUUCCCUGGGCAGGCGUGUCGGCAGCUCUGGCGCUGCUGCACCGAGCGGGGUGGCUCGGCCCGUACGUGGCUGUUUGUCCUGCCCUGGGUGUUUGUCCUGCCCUGCCGGGACGGUCCCACGUCCCACAGCCCCGGUGAGCUGGUGGCACGUGGGGUGGGCAGGAGCUGCCCCGUCACAUCCCCUGCUCCAUCCCUUCUCAAACGCAAACUUCUCAACUAAAUCAGUGCACAUUCGCAUUUGUUGCCAAUGCUGUCCUGGUCCAGUCAGCCAGGCUUUGGGCCCGAAAUCCUUCUAUCUCUUGCUCUUCCUAAGUUCAUUAGGCCUUCAAAGCAAGACAUAAAAAGACAAAUGUCCCAGAGGGCAGCUGCCGCUCCCUGCAGAAGCGCCUGCGGAUCGCACGCUCUGCGCCGCUGCCGGGGCUGCUGCGGCGCCCCAGGCUGAGUGCGGAUAGAUCCGGUGCAGGUAUAUCAGAGAUCCUUGAAAACGGAGGCGUUGCGUCCCACGGUUACUUUAAACUGAAGCGUGAAAACACUUGCAUAUAUUUUCUUCAUUUUAAAAAGCCCCCAAACAUGCAGAACAUCUAUUUGUUACAGAACCUAAUUUUGUCUGUUCUGGCCAAAUGUUUUCCCAGCUUAAAAUUCUGUACAAGGCAUGAGUCCAGCUCAGCAGCUGUCAGCCGGGUCGUGCCGCGGCACGCACGCGCUCCCGGGGGCAGCGCUGGCGGGCGCUGCUGGCGCCGGGGGCAGCGGGAGCUGUGAUCGCUGACGCCCGAACUGUCACCUUCCCGACACGUUUCGCUGGAGCUGUCGCACGUGCCGGCAGCGUUCCUCGGCUCUGGUGCGAUGUCUUGGGGGAUGUUUCGGAGGUGAGACCCUCACUUUUCUGUAGUGUUUUAUGCUCAGACAUAAUACAGCACAAAUAAUACAUGUGUUGUAACUGGCUGCUUGUGCUCAGCAAUAGAGCUCUAUGGCAACAGUGUGUGAAGUGACUCUGCCCUGAGACACGCUGCUUAACAUGAAGAAAUUAAUCACGGGAGAAGAACGCUCCUAGUAUGUAAGUGGUACUUUCUUGUUUUCAAGUUCAUAUUGCAUCAACUUAAUUAGCAAGUCCUGACCUUUAAAACCACCUUUCCUAAUCCUCAGAUGAUGUAUGCGAAGGUCUGGGUCCUCCUGGCCGUGCUGGCAGCGUUCUGCACUUGCCUGGGUCCCUUUGGGCUCCUCUCCCGCACGAGGGGUCCCGGGGAGCCCUCCGGAUCCGCGGCAGGUCUGUGGGACGGGGGACCCCGUUCGGUGGCCGAUCAUCCACGGCGCUGGCCGAGCCUCGUCGCCCGCUGCCGGGCUCUGACAGCCUUUGGCUAAUAGGUUUUUAAUCAGUGUGUGCAUUUCAAUUUGCAUAUUAAUAGCGACGAGAUGUUAUUACACGCUGCUGUUGAUGAGAUGGUUGUCAAGCUGAUCUUGCCAGUCUGAGGGAAGAAAGAAACUGCAGCUAUUGUAUGAGGAACGAAAUUGAGGAAAACACAUGUUUUAGGAUCUACCAUUCUCUGCCUCUUUAUCUCUGCCUUUAUUUUUCUCUUAAUAGCUCAUAUGGACGUGUUCGUUAAUUUAUUUUUCUUUAGAGCAAGGAUCACUUAGCAGGAGAGCAGGGCAGGAUUUUGUGUUUGCUGUGGCAGCUCCAAGUGAGUGUAAGUAUCACAUUUUGCUGGGCUUUUCUGACCUGUGGAACAGCGAACGGCUGACCCGCUCCCGGCGCGGCUGCGGCUGCCCCAGCAGAACCAGCAGAACGCCAGUAAUGAGCUGGCACUGCCAGGGCUGGGCGUUUCACCGCGGCUGCAGGUGUUGGCUCCGUCAGCCGGGGGCAGGGACGCCCCCGUCUCGGCAGGAGAAUGGACUGGAGGGAGAAGCCAGGGCCGAAAGGGGAGAGACAGAAAGAGAAACUAAGGAAGUGGGACACAAGGAACAGAAAUGCAGAGGACAAAGCGCAUCCCCGCCAGCCCGAGCCCAUGGCUGCUGUCACUGGCGAGACCCGCCGGCCGGGGUGCUGGGUGCUGCUGGGGACACGGCAGCAGCCUCGUCCAAGGGCGGGUUUGGCAUCACGACAUUCUGAGCAUGCUCGUCCAAUCUGGGAUCAAAGGGCGCAGACAGUAAAUGGUGUUUAGGGGAGCAGGGAUAGAUAUGUUUGGUUUUUUCUCCAUUGUCCUCUGCCAACAAAGCUCCUGUGCUGACCCCACCGAGGAGCAGGGGGGGAGCUCCUGCAGCAGGAAACGAGGUCCCCUGCUCGUACCUCCUGCUGCUCCGGGGAAGCCACCGCGGGUCCCCCCGAGCGUCCCCGGUGCCGUGCGAGUGCCAGCAGCAGGCGCGCGGCGGGGGACCGGAACAGGCACCGCUCGUGUAAACGCUGCAGAAACAUUGAGUGACAAUAUUUUGAAAGAGGAGCCUCUCAGCGCUGCGAGCGGGAGGCAGCGCGGAAUUAGGGUUUUCAAUCACGCCGGCUCCAGGAGAAAAGAAAGGAGGCUGCGGAUCUGAAAUCGGUCUGCAGCCUCGGCAGCCGCCCACUCAGCCUCUGCGGGACAAAAGGAACCGUGCGGCGUAGGAAAAACCCCCUGAGCUUCGCUGUAGAGAAAGUGGCUGCAGGAAUGAGACCAAGCGAAGGCGUGGGCUGGAUGUUUCACUCCAGAGCCUCAAUCCAUUUAUAUAAUCAUAGUUGUUAUCAUAGUAAAUGUAAAUAACUGAAUGAGUUCAAAUUUAGUAUUUGACAACACUGGUUCUUUGUGAGUACACGCUGAAUUCUUGUAGAAAGCCUUUAUUUCAUCAGACAGCCUAGCAAUAUUUUAAACAAUCCUUUAGGCAUUUAGUUAGGCCCAUAUUUUGUGAUUUUUCUCACUCCUGGAAAUGAGGUUUUAGUCUCCAAAGCACAAAACCUCCUACAAGUUAAUGUGUUAAGAAAUUGCUUGAAUCAAGAAAUGUGGCAGUUUGGCAGCCUGCCUCUUACCGCAUCGCUGUAGCCUGUAAUAAUUGCAAUAAUGUUAUGGUGAAAAUACAAAAGCAGCUGUUUUGCACCUUGCCAGCUCGAGGUAACAAUACACAGGCUGACCUUGGCUUCUUUUUCCUGGACGUGGCAGCUCUUGGCACUCACUGUGUCUGGGACCGGUGGCGGAGCCGCGGCUCGCCCGGCCCGGCCUGGGGCUGUGCUGCCCGGGGAGCCCGGCGGCUGUGCCCCCGUGCCCUGCGCCCCGUGCCUUGCGCCCCCAUGCCCUGUGCCCUGUGCCCCAUGCCCUGCACCCCGUGCCCUGCACCCUGUGCCAUGCGCCCCUGUGCCCUGCACCCCGUGCCCUGCGCCCCGUGCAGGUGGGGCUGCUGGAAGAUGCUGCUCGGGAGGCGAGAUCAGCACCCCAGGGCUGGAAGGGGAUUGUCAGAGGCCUGGAGGCAGCUGGUGUUCAGAAAUAGAGCAAGGCUUGCCAUCCAGAAAGAGAGAGAUGGUGAAAAGCUGGUUCAGAAAAUCAUCUUCUGUAAAGUCCCGCUCACACGCACUUUUUAGUGAGACUAGAGCUGGUCUUCAGAGACAAAUGACCUCGAUUCGCUCACAGCUCUGUGCUAUCGAUUCAAUAGCUCCUUUUAAUGAGGAAAUUAUUAUCUUUGUUAGGGAAUGCAGAGUCUAGCAGGUGCACGGCAUUAAAUAAUGGAAAAGCCACUUUGCUGGUGCCAGGAACGUGAGGAUGCGGUGCCGGGGUGAGCGGCGCCCUCGGACGGACUGUGCCAUGGUGAGUCCUUCGUGCUCCCGCGCGGAGCAGCGGCACCUCCCGACAGCUCUGGCCCGCGUCCGGCUCGGAUCACGCAUCUUAAAUCACCGGGAGUGCUGUCUCGAUGGCUUCCCUCGCGUAUGAGUCACUUCCUAAUGCAGAGUUUUAGUUCAUUAAGUGUGGUGAUGCAUUAAAAUGGAUCUCGGUAAAAGGCAACGUUAAUUUAAAAAGAAACAAAAGGUUUCCCUCUCACCCCAAGUUCUGAGGUUCGGAAGGGCCAGCGUCCUGGAGCUUGGUGCGGCCAGACGGCUCCCGCACCCGGAGCCCCGGCCCCCGCUGAGGACGGGCCGGUUUGUGCUGCGUUGCUGCGCCGGGUCAGUAGGAAAAGGGGCAGAAGGAGGACGGGUGUGCUGCCUCGGCUGGCCAGAGGAAUCCAGAGUCACCGCCCAGCUAAAAGCGCACAGAAUAGGGCUAAAAGGCGAGAUGAGAUGCUCUUUGCUGGUGAUGCCACUCGGGGGGCAGUGGAGCACGGCUGAUAAGAGGGGCAGUACAAAUCAGCCGAGUCUGACACAGCCCAGCGUGCACGGACGUGACCUGGAAAGCUCCUUAAGCCGAGCUAUUAAAUAAUUUUGCAUGAGAGAAGCAGACGAGCCCGGCUUCACCAGCCUGAACCAGCACUUCGGUAAAACCCGUCUUCCUUCUGAGCGCUGUCCGGAGCUUUCACACCCAUGGCCGCUGACCAGUAAGUGCCUGCAGGCUCUGACAACGAGAACGCAAAGAUCACCGACUUUCUGCUCCGUGUUUCCUUCUCCAAACCCCGGCCCCGGCCCUUCCCCAGCGGCACUCCUCCCGCUUCCGCCCUCAUCACCGGUUCUGUGUGUUGGUGUUGCGGUAGUGAUGAUCCAAGGAUAUGGGCUAAUUAAAGCUUAUAGUGAAGUGUACUGCAUUUUACUGGAGUAGCCAAUACAGUCAGCAAAUGGGCAAGCUUUAGGGCACGCAGAUUCCUCUCUGCCUCUGCAAUAGGAACAACAAGCUUCAGGCUACCUCCACACUGGAAAAAAUUCAGCUUCAGUUCAAAGUGAUUAUGGCAACAAAUUGAACGAUUUGGAGGAAAAAGGUAGCAAGCACCUGUAAAAUUAAGUGUUAUAAACCUCAUGUAUAAUUACAAAUGUGGGAACUUUAAGUACUGUGACAACCAUCACCUAAUUUCCUGGGAUUUGGGCUGUAUUUAUUGUUCUGCAAUGGAGGAGGACUGGGACUGUCGCGUGGGGGGUUUGUGCUGGGGGUUGUACAGCCCGCUCCGCUGCCGGCAGCGUUGAGCGUCUUGUGCUGAGGAUGCCCACCCCGCUGAUUUCUGUUCUGAGAACAGGAUACUUGUGUCUGCACCAUUUCUAAAGUGAGGGCACUCAUAGACAUGUAUUUAAAAAGGAAUGUUAAAAAUAAAUAAUUUGAGAUCUGUGCUA